AUGAAGAUAUUGCUCGUUGAAGCUGGUAUUCAAACGGGAUCCAAUGAUAAUGAAAACAUAACAGAUCCGGCUCUAUGGCUUAAUGUGGUACAUAAUGACACUUUAGAAUGGCAUUUUACUACCGUAGCUCAAACGGCAUUGAAUAAUAGAACCAUUAACCUUGGAUUUGCAAAAGGUACAGGAGGCAGUGCCAUGCAUAAUGCGAUGGGAUAUGUUAGAGGAGGACAAAGGUGGAUGGAUGCUUGGGAAAUGAAUGAAGGUGUCGUGAACUGGAAUUCUGAAACAGUAAUACCAUAUUUUGAUGCAGUUGAAGAAAUUUUAAGAGUUGUUUAUCCUGCUAAUGACACCCAAGGACUGGUCGAUGCCAUUUUUCAAGCAGCAAGAACAGCAGGAUUUCCCUAUAAUCCGUCUUAUAAUCAUGGGCCAGAUAUGCUUGGUAUGGCAAAUUUUGUUAUGAGUAUCAAUGACGUUGGCACGAAUAUGACACAACAGGCAAAAUCGAUGUACAAUCGAGUUACAUCGUAUCAAAAAUAUCUUCAAGCAUUACAGCCAGCCAAUUUACAACUGGUUACUGGUCUACAAGUUAUUGGUUUCAACUUUACUAACGAUCCACUUCCUACCGUUGAUCAUGUCGAACUAUAUAGCGAAGAGUAUCAAUGUAAACAUUCAGUUGCUGUCGAAAAAGAACUCAUCCUCAGUGCCGGAACUAUUAAUACGCCUAAACUUCUACAAUUGAGUGGUAUUGGCAAUGCUACUUAUUUAAAAUCGUUGGGUAUCGAAGUUGUAAAAGAUCUUCCAGGAGUGGGUAUCAACUUACGUGAUGAUGUAGUUGUGAAUUUGGUUUAUACAACUGAUUUUGUCGAAAUAGAAAGCCCGCCUGCUUCUUUUCUAAGUGCAGUGCUAUUUGCAGUUGAUAAUAGUACAACACAACAAGUACCUUAUGUCGAUGGAACCGGUAGCUUAACCAAUAUCGAAAUGUUAUUUAGCACAGGAAAUAUGAUUGGAAAUUCGUGGCCAUCUGAUUGGCAAAACUCAUUAGUUUUAUCACCCAAUAUUCAACAAUGCAAGUCAACGGGUACAGUUAAGAUAGAGAAUUUAAAUCCAUUGAUAGCUCCUGCGAUUGAUCCUGCCUAUCUAAGUGUAGAAUCAGAUUUUGAUCGAGUAAUUAACUCGAUUUUGCUUAGUAGAAAACUUCUCUCUCAGCCCAGUUUUGCAAAAUGGAAUUUUCGUGAAGUUUUGCCUGGUGCCAAUUAUCAAACUCGUGAUGAAUUGAUUGAAUGGAUUCGUGGAAAUGCUACUACAGGAUUUCACUACAUCGGCACAUGUAAGAUGGGAACUGGUCCAUUAGCAGUUGUAAAUCCGGCCGAUAUGAAAGUUUGGGGAGUUGAACGUUUGAGAAUUAUUGAUGCAUCCGUAGCUCCAUCGUCAUUCUCAGCCAAUACACAAUCCCUGGUUUAUGCAGUGGCCGCAAGAGCAGCCGAUCUUAUUGUGGCAGAGUACAGACAAAAACAGAAACUCCAUGACUAG